AUGUUAUUCUCUUUAUUUUAGAAAUGAGGUUGAGAGUAGUUAAAGGACUUGUUCAGAGAUACACAACUAGUGUUUGAGUCAGAACUGGCACUCAGGCCAAGCACUCUACCCACAAGUCCACUCUACCCUCCAAGUCCAGCACUCUACCCACAGUGCCAAACACACACACACACAGAUCCAUUAGAGGUUUCUAAAAAGUCUUAAUGUUUUAAACUGGACUAAGACUUUUGGAACACUAUGCAUAACACACAUGUCAUGUUUCAUAUAUAAACAAGAUUAUAUAGGCAUAUAUGUAUAUCUAUAUAAAAAACACAAAAUUAAUAAAAAGUAAUACUAUGAAGAUAUACCAUAUAUACAGACUGAACAAAUAUCCUAUAUAUACAUAAAUUUAAACAUAUGUCCAUAGAAUACGAAUAACGUGUUACAUAUGCCAUGAUUUAUAUAAACAAAAUAUUAUAUAGGUACAUGUGUCUGCAUAAAAACACAAAAUGAAUACAAAUAUCAUAUAUAUGAUAUGCACACAUGCAUUAUAUAGACAGUCAACAAACAUCCUAUAUAUACCAUAUAUAAUAAAUACAAAUACCCUGUCCCAAAUGCCAUGUUCCAUAUGUAAAAACAAGACAUUGUAGUCAAUAGUAUAUUCAUAUAUAAAAACUAUGUAUGAAAACAUAAUAAACAAAUACCACAAAUACACUAUACGGCGAAAAAACCACAUAUGUGUACAUAUGCACAACGAAGAGAGGAGAUUCUCUGCUAUAUAUGUCGGGUUUCAUUGUCUUCCUUAUUUAGUAGUUUUAGUUGUAUACUAACUGAUUCUUUGUGAUCCCUAUUUGGGGUUUUCUUGGCAGAGAUGGUUUGCAGAUGAGGAAACUGAGGCAAAUGGGGUUAAGUAACUUGCUCAGGGUCACAGAGCUAGGAAGCGCCUGCUGUCAGAUUUGAACUCGACAGGCUGGACCCAGAGCCCCACCCCGCUGCCCUAAACAUAAAGUUACCAAGCAUCCGUGUACGUGCUCGUAUAGCUCAGAAUACAAACACAAAGUGAAUACAAAGUAACUUCCAGGAGGAGGCGGCAACAGCAGCAGGGCAGAGGAGAGGUGGCCGCCCAUUGCUAGACGGUCCGGGCAUCCAGACACGGAAGGAGUUCCGAAGUUUGCCUCCGGGCUGGUGGCCGGAUCCUCCCGGAAAAAUGGGCUCAAAACGCGGGCAGCCCUAGAGAGAGCACUUGAGAGAAGAGCUUCGAAGGCUUUAUUAAAGCGCCACAUAAACGCGGGGCCUCUCGGGAGAACCUGCGGUCAGGCAUCCACUACCGUAGCUUUAGCUACCGAGCCGUUAAACACGGAGAAAAGGGGGCGUGUGCCGCUUCCUCCUCCUCCCGCCCGCUCCGGAAGCCCCGCCUGCUCCGUCCCACCCUAGUCGGCAGGGAGGCGUCGGACCCUCGGCCCCAUCACGUGCCUUGGCAGCCGCCAAGCGAGGGCCCUUUUGCGACGCGCUGACAGCCAAAUGGUGCGACUGGAGGAGCGGCAGCCGCGGCCGCAGAGCCCCGCACCUAAAGUCUUAACUCACCUCCUGCCUUCUCUCUGAGGAGGAGGAGGAGGAGGAGGAGGAGCAGCAGCAGCAGCAGCAGUCGCAGCCGCAGCCGCAACAGCAGCUGCAAGAGCGGCGGCGGCGGCGGCGGCGGGGCCGAGCCGAGCCCAGCUUCGGGCCGCGGCUGCCACCCCCGACCGACCCCUCCCCCUCGCCCCCCGGCACGCGCAGCCGCAGCUGCAGCCGCCGCCGGGGCCCGCCGCGGCCGGCCGGGGCUGCCCCUCCGAUGAGGCGGGCGGAAUAAGCGCCUCCAGUCGGGGCCGCCCUCCAUGAAGCCUUCCUUGCCCUAGCUUGCCGGCCGCCUCUCCUCCCCUCCACCCUCCGCGAGCGGCGGCGGCGCCGCCCCGGCCCCGAGUCGAGCGCCAUGGCGUCCAACACGGAGCGGGGGGAGAUCCUGCUCACCGAGCUGCAGGGGGAUGCCCGAAGCCUUCUACUUCCUGAGAAUGUGAGCACUGGCCAGAAGUUAGACUUUUCAGACACGAUGGUGCAACAGAAAUUGGAUGACAUCAAGGAUCGUAUCAAACGAGAAAUAAGGAAAGAACUGAAAAUAAAAGAAGGAGCUGAAAAUCUCAGGAAGGUUACAACAGACAAAAAAAAUUUGGCAUAUGUGGACAACAUUUUGAAAAAAUCAAAUAAAAAAUUAGAAGAACUACAUCAUAAGCUACAGGAAUUAAAUGCCCAUAUUGUUGUAACAGAUCCAGAAGAUCUUACAGAUUGCCCAAGGACCCCAGAUACUCCAAAUAGUGAUCCUCGUUGUGCUACCAGCAAUAAAUUGAUGGCCUUAAAAAAACAAUUGGACAUUGAGCUGAAGGUAAAGCAGGGAGCUGAGAAUAUGAUACAGAUGUAUUCAAACGGCUCCUCUAAGGAUCGAAAACUACUUGCCACAGCUCAACAGCUGCUUCAGGAUAGCAAGACCAAAAUAGAAGUCAUAAGGAUGCAGAUUCUUCAGGCAGUCCAGACCAAUGAAUUGGCUUUUGAUAACGCAAAACCUGUGAUAAGUCCUCUUGAACUUCGGAUGGAAGAAUUACGGCAUCAUUUUAGGAUAGAGUUUGCAGUAGCAGAAGGUGCAAAGAAUGUGAUGAAACUACUUGGAUCGGGGAAAGUAGCUGACAGAAAAGCACUUUCAGAAGCCCAAGCAAGAUUUAAUGAAUCCAGUCAAAAGUUGGAUCUUUUAAAGUAUUCAUUAGAACAAAGAUUGAGUGAACUUCCAAAAAAUCAUCCCAAAAGCAGUAUUAUUAUUGAGGAGCUAUCGCUUGUUGGAUCACCAACACUAAGUCCACGGCAGAGUGUAAUAUCUACACAAAACCAAUAUAGUACACUAUCCAAACCAGCAGCACUAACAGGUACUUUGGAAGUUCGACUCAUGGGCUGCCAAGAUAUCCUAGAGAACGUCCCUGGACGAUCAAAAGCAACAUCAGUUACACUACCUGGCUGGAGUCCAAGUGAAACAAGAUCAUCUUUCAUGAGCAGAACAAGCAAAAGUAAAAGUGGGAGUAGUCGAAACCUACUAAAAACAGAUGACUUGUCCAACGACAUCUGUGCAGUUUUGAAGCUGGACAAUACUGUGGUUGGUCAAACUAGCUGGAAACCUAUUUCCAAUCAAUCUUGGGACCAGAAGUUUACACUGGAACUAGAUAGGUCACGUGAAUUGGAAAUUUCAGUUUAUUGGCGUGAUUGGCGAUCUCUCUGUGCAGUAAAAUUUCUAAGGUUAGAAGAUUUUUUAGACAACCAGCGUCAUGGCAUGUGUCUCUAUCUGGAACCCCAGGGUACUUUAUUUGCAGAGGUUACCUUUUUUAAUCCUGUUAUUGAAAGAAGACCAAAGCUUCAAAGACAAAAGAAAAUCUUUUCAAAACAACAAGGCAAAACAUUUCUGAGAGCUCCUCAAAUGAAUAUUAAUAUUGCUACUUGGGGAAGGCUGGUGAGAAGAGCAAUUCCUACUGUAAAUCAUUCUGGCACCUUCAGCCCUCAGGCUCCUGGACCUACAACAGUGCCUGUGGUUGAUGUGCGUAUUCCGGAACUGUCACCACCAGCAAGUGAUUCUACAGUAACUAAAUUGGACUUUGAACUUGAACCAGAAGCACCUCCAGCCCCACCACGAACAUCUUCAUUUGGAGAAAUACAUGAACCUUCAGAAUUAAGAGUUUUGGAUGUAUCAGGACAGGAUUCAGAAACAACUUUUAAUUUUGAAAAUGACAGAAAUAGUAUUGUUCCAAAAAACCAACCUGAAUAUGAGCCUCCUGUCCUUCAGUCAAGCCUAGAAUAUGGUGGUGUUCAAGAACCUGAGGAAAGAAGAUCACCACAAAGGUUUCAGUUUAGCCUUCAAGACUUUAGGUGUUGUGCUGUAUUGGGGAGAGGGCAUUUUGGAAAGGUGCUUUUGGCUGAAUACAAAAACACAAAUGAGAUGUUUGCCAUAAAAGCCUUAAAGAAAGGAGAUAUUGUUGCUCGGGAUGAAGUAGACAGCCUCAUGUGUGAAAAGCGAAUUUUUGAAACUGUGAAUAGUGUAAGGCAUCCCUUUUUGGUGAACCUUUUCGCUUGUUUCCAAACCAAAGAGCAUGUUUGCUUUGUAAUGGAAUAUGCUGCCGGUGGGGACCUAAUGAUGCACAUUCAUACUGAUGUCUUUUCUGAACCAAGAGCUGUGUUUUAUGCUGCAUGUGUAGUUCUUGGACUGCAAUAUUUACAUGAACACAAAAUAGUUUAUAGAGAUUUGAAGUUAGAUAACUUGUUGCUAGAUACAGAGGGCUUUGUGAAAAUUGCUGAUUUUGGUCUUUGCAAAGAAGGUAUGGGCUUUGGGGACAGAACAAGCACAUUUUGUGGCACUCCAGAAUUUCUGGCUCCAGAAGUAUUGACUGAAACAUCUUAUACAAGAGCCGUAGACUGGUGGGGGCUUGGUGUACUCAUAUACGAAAUGCUGGUUGGAGAGUCUCCCUUUCCUGGUGAUGAUGAAGAAGAGGUUUUCGACAGUAUUGUAAAUGAUGAAGUAAGGUAUCCACGAUUCUUAUCUACAGAAGCCAUUUCCAUAAUGAGAAGGCUGCUGAGAAGAAAUCCAGAACGGCGCCUGGGAGCCGGUGAGAAAGAUGCAGAGGAUGUCAAAAAACACCCAUUUUUCCGGCUCAUCGACUGGAACGCUCUGCUGGCCAAGAAAGUCAAGCCGCCGUUCGUUCCGACCAUCCGAGGACGAGAGGAUGUGAGUAAUUUUGACGAUGAAUUUACCUCAGAAGCGCCUAUUCUGACCCCACCUCGAGAACCCAGGAUACUUUCCGAAGAGGAGCAAGAAAUGUUCCGAGACUUCGACUACAUCGCCGAUUGGUGUUAAGCACGAGACACUGUGAAACUAGCCGAGGGACUCGCUCACGAGAAGACCGGCCGCUGCCGCCGAGCAGCCGCCCUCCGCUUGCUCUCUGGGCCGCUGGUAGCUUCUGGUUUUUUAAAAUCACACGAAGAUUUGUUUUAAAGUACUAUUCUGAUACCUUUCUUGAAGAGUGGCCUCUUGCAAUGUAUUUCCAUUUUUAUUCUGUGCACUGGAAACAGUUUUAUGGGGUUUAAGCUGAAUACAGGCCAUAUAAACAUCCUUCACAGGUGGACACACUUGGAUCCAUGUUGUCUUUUUUUCCUUCCUCUUCUACAGCGGAUACCUUUGUCGUGUGCUUGCCUUAAGUGGAAGGAAGAGCAGCUUGUGAUCUAGCGAGGAUAACCAGUUUACUUCAUUCCACUGUGUUGUAAGAAUAAAAGCUUGGGAUGAUAGUGAGAUUCAACCUUAACAAGAUACUCUCUGAAUAAGGCAAAGGCUGUUAUUUUUUUUUUAAGGAAUUACUGUAAUAUUAUCCAAAAGUGUAGUUUGCAGCUUGUGCACAUUUUGGUGUUAAGUUUGAAAAUAACGGAAUGAAUUGAUGCCUUCUUUUGUAAAUUUUCUAUAUUUAUUAGGAGAAAAUGUUUUUAAUGCCUUAUCUUUACCAACCAUGUAAGUGCUUCCAUAAUCCUAUGGACAAGUUCUCAAAGCUACUUGCCAAACAGUUCUUUGUUUGUUAAGCUUUGCUGAAACAAACAGAACGUCCGCAUUUAUUUAGCAAGGAGUGCUUGUGGUCAGUCUGAAUUGAGAUACUGUAUUUACUGUACGCAUUCCCAAAGCCUAGACGCCGCGGAUUUCAGGCCCGACUCCAAAAUCAGUGCACAGAUGAGCUGGCUAGCAGCUGCCCACCCUGCGUCCAGCGGCCUCCCCUCGUGUCUGCUGUAUUCGGGCAGCCGUCGGCGUGGACCUGCCCCGCACACGUCUGCGUGCACGGCGUAAUCUGUUCGGCGUCUAGGCUUGGCAUGUAAUUGGACCACUUCGUGACUCGGCCGCGGUGGCCAGCAGACACCUCCGACUCCAGCAUUUACCGGAAGUGCAUUUGUAUACAUUUUAGGCCACAGAACCCAGAUUUUAUAUUGGCAGUUACUGAGGGUAAAAAGCAAUAUGUUGUAACAGAAUGUAUAAAUAUUUUUGAUAAAACAGUGUAUGUAUAUUUUAUAAACCUAUUAUAACACUAAAAACUGUACCUCAAAAGUCUCAAAAAAUAAUUUGAUCAAAUAUGCUUAUAACACUUUGGAGGGCCUGUUUGGGGUUAUCUGAGUGUUCCUCCAGGAGAGUCACUUUGCCAGCCAAGAGUUGCUCCCUGCCUAGAGCCUUUUUCCUUGUCUGUGACUGAUCUUUUUUUCCCUCAAUUAGGAUAUAUAAUAAAAAUAUAUCUCAUAAUCCUGGCUCCACCACGUGCCACGUAGGAUCAUCCUACCUCAGCAACAGCAAGCUGUCGGCUGACCCCGACUGCAUUAGCCACACGAUCGCUAUAAGCAAACUCCCCUCUGACAUAGAGUGCGUGCUCAGAGCCCUGAGCGACAAAGAACUGAGCUAACAAUGCUGCUGAGCGUGUCCAGACCCCGGCAGCUCCCCCCCUCCCCCCCCCGCAGCGCAGUAAGCCCCGGGAUCGCCGGCGCGCUCACACAUGCCCUUUGACCCUGACAAAUUGAUGAUGAUAUAAAGCUUGCAAUGCCGUGCAAAGAAGAGAGCCAACAAAGAAAGCAGGCACGGCGUGCUGGGUCGUUCCUCCGCAUGCCAAACGCUCCCUCACUAAAGAGGUGCCAGUCGGCAUCCUUGGCAGGGAGCCGAGGAGAAGGGGCUUAGCCGGGUGCUCUAGAUCUCAUCGAAACAGCGUUCCGCAACUAGGAGGCAAAAUACUUUUGAGGUACAGUCCGCUUCCCCCGUCUGGUUCUCACAUCGGCCCGGAGAGCCGUGUCGGAAAAGGCUUUUAGCAUUAAACACUGAAGUAGCCUUUUGUAACUACACAUUGUACAGAAAUCUUUUUAUAAUUGAAGUCAAUCACUAAAAAAAAUUAGAGGGCAGGGUAUGUUCACACAAUUAAGCUGAAGAAAGCACUAAUUUUCUCUGUAGUUUUUUAAAGUAUAUUUUUAGUCAGAUUUAAAAUUUUAAACUCUAGAUUGUAAAUAUAUUUUGCUAUACUGUAUCUGUAAGUGGCUGCUCAGAGCACUUUGUAAGGAAAUUAGGAUAUUUUAGAAUGGUACACUAUGCAUUCAUUAAAGUGAGACGUGCCUUUAACAAUGUCAUUCUAAAAAAACUCGAGUGUUUUGCAGUCAUUAAUUAUCACAAAUGCACAAAUUAAAGUUUAAAUAGAUUGUACUUUGUAA